CAGACUUGAGGAGCUUGACUUUGGGAGCGUCUCUCUCUGGCCCUCCAUGUCAAACAGAAGGGACUGAGAGCUUUACUGCACUGACUGACAAGUGCUUUACCCCCAGGUGUAUGGCCCCUUCCUGCCGGAUGAUGAGCACUGUCCAAGGCACACACAACCAGGGGAUUAAAGAGCACAGAGACUCCGAGGCGGCAGCCAAGGGGCGAGACUGCAGCGACGCUUCCCUCAUGGACUCGAAUGGAUGUAACUCUCAGAUUUCCAGCCUCCCGUUCAGUGUGGAAUCCUUGAUCGCAAAGCGAAAGCCCUUCAGGAGCCAGGGCUCCCCCUCAGAGCCCUCAGUGCCUGCCGUCACCUCUUCAGCUUUAAAGGAGGAAAGCUCUUCCUCCUCCAGGACUUACUACCCUGGGGAAGACUUGCAGCACUUACCCGAGAAUUCUUCUUCGCACGAACCCGAAAACCUUAGCCACAAGGAGCAAUCCACUUGGGUUCAAAACAAUCCUUCAUAUUCACCGCCUCCAAGACACCCGAGCCCACCCCCGUGCACCCUGAGGAAACACAAAAACAACAGGAAGCCUCGAACCCCCUUCACAACGUCGCAACUGCUGUCGCUGGAGCGCAAGUUCCGCCAGAAACAGUACUUGUCGAUCGCGGAGCGGGCCGAGUUCUCCAGUUCUCUCAACCUGACCGAGACCCAAGUCAAGAUUUGGUUUCAGAACCGGCGAGCGAAGGCGAAGAGGCUGCAGGAGGCCGAACUGGAGAAACUCAAACUGGCUGCCAAGCCGUUGUUACCUUCCUUCGGCCUGCCGUUCCCUCUGGCCUCCCAUCUCACUUCUCCCAACUUGUAUGGACCGUCUAACGCUUUCCAACGGCCUGCUCUUCCAGUGCCGGGACUGUUCACCGCCCCGGUCACAUACGGAAUGUAUUAUUUGUCGUAAGUUGUUGGAGAGACUAGCCCCUUGCCGUCUCUUAGGCAUUGAUGCCUGAGAGUCUACUGGGCAGAACCAGAGGGGGAAAGAAGCGUCAUUCAGGGAAUUCCAGAAUCACUGCAACCCUCCCUCACAUUGGCUUGUUUAUAUCGAAACUGGGUUAUUGACCCAUUUAGUCAUUCCUUUUCUCUUUUAAAAGUGCAAUUAAAGUUCAUCAAAAUAUACAGAAUAAUUUAUAUAGAAAUCUCAGUCUCUGCAGAUCAAAACAAAAUCUGAUUUCUAUAAGAAGUGGGUGAUAAAACGCCACAUAAUAAAGCUGCCAUUUGAUCUCAAGCACCAUGGCUUCAUUGAUUGAUACAGUGGACGUAUGAACCUCGCAGCCUGCAUUUUGUCCUGAU